UUUACUUCAAAAUGGAGCAAAUGUAAAACCACAUUAAUUCAUUAGCAUCAAUGGGAUGAGAAUAAAAGUUUUUCAACCAUUCUGAUCCGACGGAUGCUAAAAAAGUGACCAAAAAGAAUCUUUUGAUCCUUUCCUCCCUCUGUGUGAAACAUCUUUUGAAUCUUUCCUCUCCUCUCGUCUCAUCGUCUCAUCGUCUCAUCUCGGCAAAUCAGAGAUAUACUACAGAAUUACAGAUCUCAGAGGACCGGAACAAUGGUUCUCUCUUCAUCUCCAUCUCCAUCUCCAUCUCCGUCUCCGUCUCCCACCUUGAUAAGCAACCUCACCAAUACUACCACUUCUCUCCACUUCAAGAAGCUUCCUUUUUCACUCCUCUCACCAACACCACCACCACUACCACUACGGGUUCCACUUCCACGCUCCGGAGAUGAUGAACGACCCUCUCGAUCUUCCCGUCUCUGCACUUCUUCCCCAUCAGGAGUUUGCAGAGCCAGUCAGGCGGUUGAAUUGUUUCCGACGGUCUGUCCGGAGAUCGUUGUUCGAGAGGCGCGGUUAGAGGAUUAUUGGGAAGUGGCCGAGACUCACUGUAGCUCUUUCUUCCCUGAUUACUCCUUCCCUUUGGAUUUGGCCCUUAGAAUUGACCGAUUGGUGGCCAUGUUAUCGGGAUUCUCUGUUCCCACUGGCUGUAGAAGGACAUGUCUUGUUGCCGUUACUGGUGGCUCCGUUGAUUAUAACUUCUUCGGUGUGGAGGACUUCAAAGUUGGAGGCUUCGGUGGGAAAUUCUGCUUUAAUAAGAGAUAUGUGGCUGGGAUAUUGACAAUAGACACUGUGGCUGACUUUCUUCCGCGUAAAGGACCACUUCGCCAGAGAAGGUCUGGCAUUGCAUACAUAUCAAAUGUUGCAGUUCGGGAGAGGGAUCGGCGAAAGGGGAUUGCUAAGAGGCUUAUAGCUGCGGCAGAGUCUCAAGCAAGAAGCUGGGGUUGUCGUGCCAUAGCAUUACAUUGUGAUGUGAAUAACCCUGCUGCCACACGAUUGUAUAAAGGCCAGGGUUUCAAAUGUAUCAAGGUGCCAGAAAGGGCAAAGUGGCCCCAACCCAAGACCUCACCGAAUAUCCAGUUCACUUUCAUGAUGAAGCUACUAACCACCCCAACACCCACUUGAUUCAUUUUUGCAGAAUUUAAAUAUAAAAGCAAAAAGAUUAUUUUGAGUUAGUUUGUGUAGAUACCUAUAUGUAAUCUAUUGUAAAGGAACUAGUAGAUCUAAUGCCGUUGUAAACUAAUGUGAAAAAAAUCAUAUGCUGUACAAUUUAAACUCAUCCUUUGUUA